AAAUCCCAAUUUAUCGUUGAACGUUCAACGUCUGCAUGCAGUUUCCGCUAUGCGACCGACUUGCCAACGGCAUUUUUUGUGUUGUGAAUUUUUUUGAGUUUUUUUUUUUUGGCAAAAGUACCCGCCACCCGUGCAAACGAAAUAUUUUCAAAACAGUUAUUCCGCGCUAGUCGAAAGUCGAGCUACAAUCUACACAGUCGUGUAGCUCCCGAACCGCGUUCUGAAUGGACAUGUGCCCGAAAUUCGAAUUCUAAAAUCGAAAACCCCAAAAUUUUUUGUGCAUAUUAAACAACAAUAUACAGUACUAUAUUGAUACACAUGUUUAUAUUAAUAUGAUUUAAUUUUAUUCGGUUUCGACACCAUUUUUGUUGUAAUUAUUGUUCGUGUGAAAGUUCGCUCAGAAAAUAAACAAUUUGCAUAAAUUUACUCAGAGAUAUCUGAGAUCUACGAGUAUUAGAGCUGGGGAAAAUCACCAGAGAAGAAUCAGAAAACGGAAAACGGAAAACGAACAACUUCGAGUGACAUCAACACAUAAAAUCGAAGCCGAAAUAACCGAACUAUCCGAACCGAAUCGAGCCGCGAUGCUGUGGCAUCCACUGAAUAGCGAGAAUCCUACGUAACACUGCUGCAUCCGAAGCCGAAGCGAAAGCCAAACCGCAACAGAAGUUUCCAUUUCAUCGAGCGAGGGAUUACUGCCGCAGGAAGAGGAGACCAUAGCCCGACCCCACACACCGCCCACACACCGCACACCAUGGCCAUGUUGGAGGCACGGCCGUACAGGCCCUUCAAGUCCAGCGAGGAGUAUCUGGAGGCCAUGAAGGAGGAUCUCGCCGAGUGGCUGAGCACUCUGUAUCCCGAGCUGAGCAUCAAUGCCGAGAACUUUAUGGAUCGGCUCGACACGGGCGUGGCCCUCUGCAAGCACGCGAACUAUGUGCGGCAGGCGGCAGAGGACUAUCUGGCCCGGCGACAGGCGCGCAACAAAUCGAUGACCCGCUCGAUGACAUCCGGCCUGGCCGGACCGAUCCUGGCCCUGGGCAACAUCCACUACCUGCUGACGGCCAAGAGCGGCACCUUCUUUGCCCGCGACAAUGUCUCCAACUUCAUAACUUGGUGCAGAAAGAGCCUCAAGAUCAUCGAGUGCCUGCUGUUCGAAACGGACGAUCUGAUCAUGCGCAAGAAUGAGAAGCACGUGAUCCUCUGCCUCCUGGAGGUGGCCCGACGCGGGGCCAAGUUUGGAAUGCUGGCCCCCAUGCUGGUGCAGAUGGAGCGACAAAUCGAUAGGGAGAUCGCCGCCGACAUCAAGGCCAGUGGCGUCGCCAACUCCUCGGACAGCGGCACACAGACGGAGGCAGUCGCCUCCAGCUCGACACUGAGCAGCACGGCCACAUCCACGACAGUAACGACCACGACUGUGGGCUCGGAGACGGAUCUGUACGACGACAGCGACGACUCGGAGAACGAAGACGAUGCCGAUGAGAAUCCCAUGCUGAUGUACGGUCCCCAGCCCCAGAUAAUCACCAACGAUCUGAAGAGUCUCGACGAGAUGGUAAGAGAUCUUGUGGAGAAGUGCACAUGCCCCUCACAGUUUCCCAUGGUCCGCGUGUCCGAGGGCAAGUAUCGCAUCGGCGACACCAAAGUCCUCAUCUUCGUGCGGAUACUGCGCUCCCAUGUGAUGGUGCGCGUGGGAGGCGGAUGGGACACCCUGUCCCACUACCUGGACAAGCACGACCCCUGCCGGUGCAGGGCCCAGCACCGCAGCUCGGUGGCCGCCCGCCUCAUCCCCCGACAGUCGCCCAACCACAAUCCGAGCAACGGCAUCGAGCUGCACAAGGCUCAGGUGAUAUUCGAGCGUUCACCGCCCGCUGCGCGACGCGUGUUCAACAGUCCAAACUGCAACGGGGGAGGAGCUGGAGGAGCAACCACAGCAGCAACAGCAGCAGGAGGAGUGGGAGGAGGAGCUGCACAAGUGGGCCAGGCCCAACAGAACGGCAACAGUCUCUCCCCGAAUCCGGGCAAGUACCGGAGUCGCAGUCCGACACCUCAGCGUAAAUUCCUCAACGGUAUCCAGAGCAACGGAAUCGUGGCAGCCACUGGCUCCUGCGGCACGGCCGCCGCUCCAGAGCAGCAGCUGCUGGGCUCGCCUGGGCUGGCCAGGCGCUCCAUGUCGCCAAGCCCCCGGCGGCUGAUCGACAUGCGCAAGAAGCAGAGCUCCCUGGACUCAUACAGCAGCGGGCCCAAGUCGCUGCCUGGCGGCUACAGCUGCUCCCUGGAGGAGGCCGGCGGGGGGGCGGUGACUGCCCCUUCGUCUGGAGGAGCCCCGGAGCAGAGCGGCUCGAGCAAGUUCGAGAACAUCAGCGACAACGGGAGCGAGAUCAGCGACGAGGGCUACCGCAGCCUGGGGGUGAUCCAGUCGAGUGCCCAGAAGCGCGAGUCACUGCACAGUCAGGCCUCUAUGGAUGACGCUGAAACCAAUGCGCGUCUCGAUCAGACGUCCAGCGACUCGCAGAUCUCGCAGAUCUCGCCCUCGGAUGAGCCGCCGGAGAAGGCGGCUGCGGAUACACUAGGGGAGGAGGACAUGAAUGGGCGGGACGGAGACGGGGACGUGGAGCAGGACUACUCCGUGUGCGAUGGCCCCCAGUCGCUGCCGGCCAUCCUCAGUCUGCCGAAGGUGGCGGACAAGUUCGAGCAGUCGGGCGUAUUCAUCACCGACGACGAGAUUACCGUUGACAUGGCCAAGAGCCCGCCCUCCCCCAAGCUGGCGGUGCAACAGUCUCCGGCGCUGCUCAGCAAAAUCCCCCGCUCGCCUUUGGCCCAGCGCCGGCGCAGCAUCGACAACAGCACCUGCGGCGGCGCUGGCGGCAGCCUCCAGGAUCUGAGCACCCGCUCCUCCGUCGGCGGCGGCCCACCCGCUGGCUUCAGUCGCAAGCAGCCCGUGUACCGCUCCAUGCGCACCCGGGCCACAGCGGGCUCGACGCCCACGCCCACGCCUCCGCCGCGCGCCUCUCGGCAGGCCUCGCAGCUGCCGACGGUGCGGGAUGUGACGAACACAUGGAGCGGACGCACUGCAGCCGCCCCCAGCAGCUGCAAGCGGCGGCCGCAGUGCACUCCAGAAAGCUUUGUGGCCCCCGCUACGUUCGAGCGGACCGGCAAGGGGCGAUCCUCGCAGAUCCUGUACGACAGCAACGGAAGGAGGGUGCGCGGCGGAUGCACCAGCUCCCUGACCACUUCCCCGGUAAAGAACCACGCCUCGUCCCCGCUGGCGCAGCAGCUGCUCGAGGCGGCCAGCAGUGCCAAGAACGAUGCCCAGAUCCUCGAGAAGAUGAAGACACUUCUCUCCCGAUAUGCGGCCGGCAAUCAGGCAAAUUCUGGGACAGUAGCAGCACCCACUGCAGUGGGAGCUGCCAAGUCCCUCUCCAAUGGCAAGAAGACGCCCGUGUACGAGGACUUCACCACGGCGUGGGUUCACAGCAAUGGCAACCUGGAGCGCUCCGAGAGCUGCUCGCCCCCGGCCAAGGCCCGUUCCAAACGCAGCUCCGCGGCCAGCUCAUGCGACAGCAAUCACUCCACCACUGUGGCGGCAGCGGGAGCAAGGGCGGCAACGGGUGCGGGUGCGGGAGCGGGUGCGGGAGCAGCCACCGUGGUAUCGCCCAGACGGGAGAGGGGUAUGUCCAAAAUCCCGGCUCCGGUGCGCCAUCAUACAGAGCUUUACUAGCAGCGCCUGAGGACGCCAAGCGUCCGUGUCAGCGCUCACGUCCGUGCCCGUGUCCGUGUCCGUGUCCGUGCCCGUUCAACCGCCUCCAGCGCCAAGGUCCGACUGCCUUCGAUCGUUUUCUAAAAACCUCCCAAACAAUAAGCAGACGAUGGGAUGCGGAGCAGCAUAGUGGAAUGGUAUGGAAAGGAAAGGAAAAGGAAGAAGGAAGAAAGAAAGAAAGAAAAGUAAAGAAAGGACUGGGUUGGGUUGGGGUUGGGUUUAGUCCAUAAGUUAGGUUAGAGCCAAGCUGGAAUUGUCGCUGCUGCUGAUGCUGCUGCUGAUGCUGCUGCUGUGUGUGUGUGUGUUUGUAUGUGUGCAGAGCAGAGGAUGGAAGGUAGAAGUGGAAGUGGGAUGGAAUGAAGGGUCGAAGGACCCGAGGUUCCGCUCGGGGAUGCUAACCCAAAGUGAAAUCAAUUUGCAGGCCAUAGAAUAGUUAAAAUGUUCAAGCUAGGAUCAGGAUAAGGAUCGCAAUCAAUCAGUUAGGGGGGGGCGGCGAAACCAGACCUAUCUCAUUGACAGACAGGGCACAUUGAUGCCCACGCCCGGUCACGAACCGAACCACAGAGCCCCAAGUCAGCACAGCCCAUCCCUUCUUUUUAUAAACUAAAUCUCUUCCACGUACUUUCGUGCGAUACUCACGCGUGCGAUAUAUGUACAUACAUAUGUACACACGUAUAGUCCCGUAAAAUCCUUAAACUCUAAUCAGACACAUCAGACCUGUAAGCUCCGUCUAUGUAUCUCUCUUUAUGCUAUAUGUAUUCGUCUUUGUCUUUCCGUAUUGCAUAGAUUUGUCUCUUGGGAUGGUAUGAAUCGGAUUCGGUCUGUGCUGAAAUGGGGGGAUCUAAGAUAUAUAUGUAUAUGUAUAAUCGUAUUCGUACAACAAUUAAUGCAAAACAAUACAAGACUCGAGUAAAGUUUUAAAUGAAUUUUUUGGUCUAGGAAUAGCUGAAACUUUUAAUCCAAAUAUAUAUAAUACAAAUAUAUCGAAUACAGCAAAUCUACACAGCAAACACAAAUACCAUACAUACAUAUACCUACAUAUAUGUAUAUGUACCUAUAGAUACCAUAUACAUACCACACACGCAUACAUAGUUUUCUAGAAAUUUUUAAAGGAGAUAUCUAUCCGCAUAGGAGCAGGCAAUCCAAUCUUCUAAUUCGAUUCGUAGGGACACAUUUACAUACUAUAUAGAAAAGAAAGAAACAUUUAUUUUUGUACGCUAGCAGGGGAUCCAUACCGGGAUCCUCGGAUCGAUAGAUCAUUGUGUGAGUGCUGAGGCAAGCCGAAAGCUUUUAGAAAACUUCACUUUUACAGCAUAGAUAUACAGAUAUAUUAUGUACAGACAUAUAUACAUAUAUAUAUAGUAUAUGUAUAUACAUAACUACAUAUAGACACAUACAAAUGGAGAUGUCAUUGGAGGAAUAAAGUCCCUAAAUAAUUUGUGGGCCUUUGGGCUCACACGAUGCACACGGAAAACUCUUCCACAGCACACACAGCCACACACACACGGCAUAACUAUACAGUGCGUUUCAAGGCUGUAAGACACGUGCUGGACUGGACUGGAUUCGUUCAAAGUUCGUUGGAAAGCGGCAACAAUUCUCAGCUUAAAAUCCUUCUUUAGCGGGGAUCGGUGCAGUCCCGUACAUUCCUACACAUUUGAAACGCACUGUAUCUACACACAUGCACAUGCACACUCGCAUACACAGAUACAAAACAUAUAAAACAACGGUCACAAAAUGACAGAAUAUGACAGAGGAGAGUAUCGGUGAGCGGGUACGGAUGGAUGGAUGGAUGAGGAUUGGAGGUCUUCCCCAGGAAUUAUAUCAAACAAGAUGCAUAUGCAUAUAUGUAUACAUGCAUAUUAUGAUUAUUUUUUUUUUUGUUUUAAAUAGCAAAGUUAACAUUUAGUUUAGUACAUCGUACCUAUGGCAUUAACAAUGUAGAUUAUAAUUGUGUUUUCCUAUUGCCCACACACACACACACACACACACAUGUUGUAUAGUUUUUACAUACAUAUGUACUCGGAUAAUUAUCGGCCUUAAUAACACACAGAACAUUGGAUUCGUAGUUAUUUUUCAUUUUCGCCGCUUGGUUUGGUUUGCGUUCUUCAGCUUUGUAAUAGACAGACACCAAAUGAAUUUACGUUUGAAUUGGAAUGGAUCGAUACCAAUUCUCGUACUAUAGGAUCUAGAGGAGGGCGCGCGCGAGCAGCGCAUCGCUACCAAACUAAUGAGUAAUUGUUUAACAAAGAGCAUAGUAACAAUUUAAUUGUUUCCACACACACACACACACACACACACACACACAACAAAUAUAUGCAUGUAUAUUUGGCAGAUUGAUCCCCGGGUGUGCAAGUAAUUAUAGAUAAUCCGAUGGGCGGGAGGAAGACCCUCCCCUCGCUCCGCCACAGUACGCAAAUUCAAAUUCAAAUUCAAAUGCAUCGCGGGGGCGUUCGAACAUUAUUUUGGGCAAAACAUGCAUACAUAACCAAACAUACACACAUAUGUAUGUAUAUAUGUAUGUAUGUACAUAUAUAGUAUACACAGAUAUGUACUAUAAUGAUAAUGAUAUAUCCGAGAAACAUAUAAAAUGUAUUUUAAAUACAGCUAAUGUGUAAUUAUCAAUUCAUUUCGAAAGCAAACUAACUAUUACAAAUGGAAUAGAUUAGACCACGGAGAGUGUGUUGUACUCUAGCGAACAGCAGCAACAAUUGAUUUUAAUCACAAGAAUUUAAUUAAUAAACGCCUAUAUACAAAUAUAUAAACCAACAGGCAACG